AUGUCUAGAGUGCCACAUUAUCAGAAUAAUUAUCUAAUUAUUCAGAUAAAAGAUCUUGACAAUGUUGAGUUUGUUGAAGAAGAGACAUUUGCAGAAGCUUCACUUUCAUGGGCACUGGAUCGUAUUGACCAAGUCAGUCCAGUAUUAGAUGGUAUAUUUGAACCUGAAGGAGAUGGAGAAGGUGUUGACAUUUACAUUUUAGAUACAGGUAUCAAUGUUAACCAUAAUGAAUUUGAUGGUAAUAGAGCCAUAUAUCCUGGAUAUGAUCCAGUUGACAACUACUAUGGAACUAACCCAACUGGUCAAGACUGUGAUGGACACGGAACUCAUGUAGCAAGUCUUGCUUGUGGGAAAACAUAUGGAGUUGCAAAAAAAGCUAACUGUUAUAGUGUUCCUGCAGUGCAGACACGUCGAGUCAUUCGCGCUGCUCCUGGUAUAGAGACAACAGGUCAGUAUAUGGUUGUACUGACACUUGAUACUAGUCAUGAAAGAUUUGAAGCAAUUGCUGAAAAAGUUCAAAGUCAGUCCUUGAGUUCUGACAUUUACAAAAUAGAAGGUGAAUUUGCUAAAGUAAUUGUUACAGAACUGUCAGAAGCUGAAGCACAUCAGAUAAAAGAUCUUGACAAUGUUGAGUUUAUUGAAGAAGAGACAUUCGCUGAAGCUUCACUUUCAUGGGCACUGGAUCGUAUUGAUCAAGUCAGUCCAGUAUUAGAUGGUAUUUUUGAACCUGAAGGAGAUGGAGAAGUUGACAAUUACUAUGGAACUAACCAAACUGGUAGAGACUGUCGAGGACAUGGAACUCACGUAGCAAGUCUUGCUUGUGGAAAGAAUUAUGGUGUGGCCAAAAAAGCUAACUGUUACAGUGUUCGAGUAUUAGGAUGUACGGGUAGAGCACCUUGGAGCAUUGUUAUAGAUGGACUAAAUUAUGUUGCAACAAAUAUCACUAAUAAGAAUCCUCAUCGUCCAACUAUCAUCUCAAUGUCAUUGAGUG